AUGCCGAAGGUGAAAGCGCUACAAUGCGCCCUGGCGCUGGAGAUCCGCUCUGUAACUUGUCCAGGAGUGGUGCUGAAAGACAAGGAGGACAUCUAUCUUAGCAUCUGUGUGUUUGGUCAAUACAAAAAGACACAAUGUGUCCCAGCCAAUUUUCCACUGGUCUUCAAUGCCAGAAUGGUGUUUGAAAAGGUGUUCCCUGAAGCAGUUGACCCUGGAGAUGUGGUUGCACAGCUUGAAUAUGAUACAGCAUUGUUUGAGUUGAUUCAACUAGUUCCACCAGUGGGUGAAACACUGUCUACAUAUGAUGAAAAUACACGAGAUUUCAUGUUCCCGGGUCCAAACCAAAUUUCUGGACACCAUGAUUCAAACCGCCAGGUUACCAUGAGGAGGAUUUCUGGCCUUCGAGGAAUUGCUCCAAAGCUGGAAUUUUCUACAACCUCAGUGAUUACUGAAUGUCUGAUAAGUUCAAGGAAGUGCCGCACUCAGGAUAAAUUUAUUUACCAUACGGCUCCAGUUGAAAAAUCACACGGCAGACUGCAAACCAGAACAUCAAGAUCACAAAAGAAAAAAUCCAAGUCACCUGAGAGAAAUAAAUAUUGCAUAAAUGCAAAAAACUACGAACAGCCUACCAUUUCUUCAAAAUCACACUCUCCAUCUCCCUACACAAAAAGACGCAUGUGUGAGCUAUCUGAAGACACCAGGCGGCGGCUGGCCCAUUUAAAUCUGGGACCCUAUGAAUUCAAAAAAGAAACAGAUAAACCUCCAUUUGUGAUUAGACAUGUCGACCCCCCAAGUCCCAGGGCUGAUGCUUUAUUUGGAUCUUCUGGCAGAGACUGUGAAAGAGAUGGAUGGUCCAGGAUGCACAACGAUCAUGCUCAUCUUGGCUGCUACCGACCCAAGGAUUAUAAGGUUAUCAGGACACCCCAUGGGAGAGACUUUGAUGAGUCUUUGGAAAGGUGUGAUGAGUACUUAAGCUCACGGUCAUGUAGCAAGCCCCAGCAUUCAGCAAGGACCUUACUUGUCCAUUCAGCACCCUCAACGAUGCCAAAGCAUUCUCCAAGCCCUGUGUUAAAUCGAGCUUCUCUCAGGGAAAGAUUCCAUUCUGAUUGGUGUUCACCUUCAAACUGCGAUGAGAUCCAUGACCGGGAUGAGAGAGAUCCAGAGAAAGAAGAUGAACUGGAACUGAAAAGAGGUCUUUUAUACAGAGACUCUGCUUAUGACAGUGACCCAGAGUAUAGCUCAUUUCAGCAGCCACGUGGCCCUCUCCAUUUGGAUGAUGGUGAAUACUGGUCCAACAGGGCAGCCUCUUAUAAAGGAAAAUCCCACCGACCUAUCUUUGAGAACAGCAUGGACAAGAUAUACAGGAAUUUGUACAAAAAGGCCUGUAGUUCUGUUUCUCAUACACAGGAAAGCUUCUGAGACCAUCCAUGAUAAACUGUAUGGGUGUCUGUGUCAACUUCUCAAUGAAAAUGUUUGAUGUGAUCAAUAUCUGUAUUCUUUUUUUUUUAAACAGGUGGUUCUGAAUAGUUACAUGUAAGUUUAUUGCUUCAAAUGGUAAAUUAUCACAGGCAGUCCUUUUAUUUUUAAUCACAGACGAGAGUGCUCUGUUCUAAAAGUCAAAGCUCUGCACCAUAAUCACAGCUUCCAAUCUGAUUAUGAGAAGGAUGUUCUGCCACAUAUAGCUCAUAUCUCCAUCUACAAAUCCCAGAAUAGAUUCUCUCUAGAAAUGGUCUGCCUUAAUCACCUUGUGAUUUUCUUUUCAUCUGCUUGAUUGGUUAUCUUGUAUAAGAUUAAUAUGGACCCCUUUUUCUUGGUAAUGAGCAAAAAAGAUAUACUAUACAGAAAUUAGUUUCCUAAGUUUAAAACCCGGAUUUUACUAGUAUUUUCUACUUAGUUCUCCUCCCCAAAAAAGGCUCCUUGUACUUCUUAGCUAAUAAGAAAUAGGGGUUUUUUUUAAGUUUAUAUAAUCAUCCACUUCCUCUUCUUUAAAAAAACUAAGUUACCUACAAUACGGUCAGCUAGAAAUAGCAGUGGCCAUGUGUGACCCAAAAUGUGAAUAACUGAUUUUUAAAAAUAGAGUUCUUUGCAUGAUUUUCUUUUAAGGUCCUAUCUCUUGGUGCAGCCAGAUUCAAAAAAUAGCUUUUGUUAGCACGUAGAAACUCAGAAAGAAUAAAGGGAUUAUAUUGUAUUUAAAACUCUUUAGAGUUUUCAUAGGUACCAAGUGACCCAGGAAAGUAUCUUUACCUAAAGGACACUUUAAACCAUAAAGGGGAGUAAAAUAUUAUACGGAAUGCUUUGUACUGGAAAAUCCGGUAGUUGAUAAAAUUAGCUCCUCUCUACCUGCCUUAUCCACCCCUGUGAGGCCAGUGAGUCUUUGAAGAUAUGAAGAAAUUGGCCACCUCAUAUUUAUCAGAGUAAGUGGAGGGAAAGUAGAGAAUAGAAAAUAAGUAAACUUGGCUGACAAGCUCGAAGAGUUGACUACAAGGUACUGUUCUCUCAUUGACUCUACCUAUGGUUAGUUUUACAGUUAUGAUUUAAAAAAGAAAAAACUGAACUCCAUUUAAGUUGAAAUUAACAUGUAAAAUUGAGUGAUUUGUUUUGUAUUAGGAGAAAAUAUGUAAUAUUUGUUAUAUAAUAAUAGGUUUUUUAAACUUCAUGUUUAGAGUGUUCUGGCAUGGCAAUUAGGGAUGUUUGGGAAAGCGUGCCAGAGAAAGGGGCCAGGAGGCCUAGGCUUUAGUUCCAUCCUGCCAUUCUCCUGCUGAGUCUCUUUAAUUCUCUGGGCCCAACUCUCCUCAGCUAUCAAAUGAAGAGAAUGAAGUGGAUCAGCAUUUCCUGAACCGUUCUGUGGACUUCUAGUCUAAGAGAUGGCUGUGGGCAUAUAGAUACAGAUGUUUCAUUAGUCAUAUAAGCUGAGGAGACUCUAUGCAUGAGAUUCACACUCCCCAAGUUAAAGAGUCAUAAGCAGGAAGGCAGGAGUGAAAGGCAGUGCUAUCGAUACUGGAACAGCCAUUCCAGACAGAGCUGUCUGGGCAAACUAGCAUGUAUGGCUGAUAGAGUAAACACUGGCCUGUUGGAGGCACUAAAAUAUCCUGGCAUAACCCUCUUUCACUCUAGCAUCUGGUCUGGAGUCUGACACAUAAUUAGUGCUCAUUAAAUAUUUUUUGAAUUAGCCCAGAAUUUCCUAAGUGAGCGUGUAGCAGUAUUUGUCAUUAUGGCGAUCCU